AAGAGGAAAUUGUACGGCGAGAGAACCGGGUACUGAACGCUUUGUAAUAUAGAACGGGAUCAACUGGACAAUGGGCAUCAAACUAUAUUAUACCACGGUUACUGCUUCAAGGGAGGUGAAGUCACAGCAGGCUGAGGUGAUGCGUAUCCUGGAGAGCAAGAACAUUCAUUUUGAACUGAUUGACAUUUCAGUGGGUGGAGCACUUCGAGAUGAGAUGAGGACCAAAUCGGGUAACCCCACAGCAGUACCACCUCAGAUAUUUAAUGAAGAUCAGUACUGUGGGAACUAUGAGAUGUUUUCAGAAGCAGUAGAGGCAGACACAGUGGAGCAGUUCCUAAAAAUGGUGUAAAUCCACACCUGGUAGCAUCUAAUGCCUUUGAAGGAAUGUCUGUCCUCUCUACUUUCUGCUGGUGGUGCUGACCUUUCUUUGUCUCAAUGCCAUGUUAACAUGCCAAAAACAUAUUACCCCUUCUGCAACCCCAUGACUUGAAAGCACAAAACCUCUGCUGUAUAACUUACCCACUGUAUUGUAUUUACAUCUAUGUGGUUCCUGUUGUUUUAAUAUACCUUGGGCAUUAUUGGUUUUUCUUGUUUCCACAUGAAAAUGUCACCAAUUCCUAUUCUCAUUGGAAUCAAUGUAAUUCCUGGCGAUGUGGUUACUUAGGAAACUUAUCUUGGCCACAAACAACUAAUGUCUUAAACUUAUGCUAUUUCAUUCCUUUUCCAAGGGGAGAAAAGACCAGAUAUUGUAUAAACACAUCGUCUUAUUUUUUUUCUUCUGGCUGUAAGAUUUGUUUGUUUUACCUUGACAUAUCAAACAGAAUUGAUUAUUGGUGAGCGUGCUGUGAUGGAUUGUAUGCCAGUGUCCUAAACACACAAGCUCAUUUUGCAAGCCAGAUAUAUAUGGUUUUAAAAAAUCACCAACUAACCAAAAAAACAUACAAUCAAUGGUGAUUGUAUACAAUGCUCUGUGUAUAUGGAGAGAGAAGCACUAACAUUCCCAAGGUUAGCUGAGAGGAAAUCAUUCUGUUGUUAUAUGAUGCCAAUAAAUUUUUCAUGAAAAUGUUA